UGCAACGCUUUUUUUAUGUGAAUCUUUUACAAUACUGACGAAUAAUAUUUUUCUGUAUUAUUGAAUAUAAUUAUACUUCAUUUGUGGUGUUAGAUUUAUUUGUGUUAUAUUGUUUAUGUGUAUCGUGACAAGAUGACGACGGAAAAAGUUUGUAGAAAGGACAAAAAUCAAAACAUACAAGUAUUCGUUCGACUAAGGCCUCUCAACCAACGAGAGAGGGAUAUCAAGUCGCUGGGUGUGGUCGAAGUGGUGAACAAUCGUGAAGUGGUGGUGAAACAGUCUCAGCAAACCUCACUCACUAAGAAGUUCACAUUUGAUCGUGCAUUUGGACCACAUGCUAAGCAGGUGGAAAUAUAUCAGGAUGUAGUGAGUCCACUUAUAGAAGAGGUGCUAGCGGGUUACAACUGUACCGUGUUUGCCUAUGGGCAGACAGGUACUGGCAAGACACAUACCAUGGUCGGGGAGAGCACAGGAGACGAGACCAAUUGGCAGAGUGAUCCUCUGGCUGGUAUCAUACCUCGGGCACUCAGCCAAUUGUUUGACGAGCUCCGUAUAUCAAAUACGGAGUAUACAGUCCGCGUGUCCUACCUCGAACUUUACAAUGAGGAGCUGUUUGAUCUGCUCUCCUCAUCUGAAGACAACUCCAAGCUUAGGAUCUACGAGGAUGUCACCAGAAAGGGAUCCAAUAUAGUUAAUGGCUUAGAAGAGAUUACUGUAUAUAAUAAGAAUGAAGUAUACAAGAUUAUGGCUCAAGGGCAGGAAAGAAAGAAGGUUGCCUCCACACUAAUGAACGCUCAAUCAAGUCGCUCGCACACAGUCUUCACCAUCGUAGUUCACAUGAAGGAGAACAGCCCUGAAGGUGAGGAGUUGGUGAAAAUCGGUAAACUCAACCUGGUGGACUUAGCUGGCUCUGAGAACAUCAGCAAAGCGGGCUCAGACAACCCCGCCAAGAAGGAGAGGGCCCGGGAGUGCGUGAACAUCAACCAGUCUCUGCUCACUCUCGGCAGGGUCAUCACGGCACUUGUGGAACGUCAUCCGCAUAUACCGUACAGAGAAUCCAAACUUACGCGCAUUCUCCAAGAGUCAUUAGGGGGUCGUACUAAAACCUCGAUAAUUGCAACCAUAUCCCCUGGACAUAAGGACCUGGAAGAGACCAUGAGUACUCUUGAAUAUGCUCACCGAGCAAAGAACAUACAGAACAAGCCGGAAAUUAACCAGAAAAUGACGAAGAAGGCUAUAUUGAAGGAGUAUGCUGAGGAGAUUGAUAGAUUGAAGCGGGAUCUUCAAGCAGCUAGAGAUAAGAGUGGUGUUUAUCUAGCUAACGAGACAUUCGCCGAAAUGACACUCAAGCAGGAAGAACAAAAAAAAGAGAUUCAGGAACUGCUCCUGAAAAAGAAGGCGAUGGAGGACGAGAGAGACCGCAUGGUGACCGUGUUUGCAGACCUCAACCAGCAGUUGAAAGAACGAGACAAUGAGCUCAGUGACACCAGAAGCAAGCUGGAUGAUACCCAAGUUAAACUGGCCAAUACUAGCAACAUGCUAGCAACAACCCGGGAACAAGUAGAAGAACAGCGGCACCUAGUAGACGUUCAAGUGGUGACGGAGCGCGAGCUAGGCGGACAAGCCAGGGCUCUGCUGGCGGCUGCGGACACUGCCGCAGCGCACGCGGCUGCGCUCAGGGACUGUGUGUCCCGGCGGAGCGCCCGGGACUCCGCCAACGUGUCCGCAGCCGCCGCGCUCCGAGGGUACUCCGCCGACGUCCGCCGACACAUCGCUGACCGCGCAGCGACGACAGCCGAGCGACUUCAACAUGCUCACCGUCAGCUACAUCACGCUGCAGAAACCUUCAUCACAAGUACGACACACACCCAGGACGCAAACAAACAGAAAAUGGAUGAAUUAGCGCAAAGGAUUACCGACGUAAUCUCAGAGAUCACAAAAGCAGCAUCUCAAGCACAAUCGGAGGUCUCCCAAGGAGUAAGUUCGCAGCGAGAUUCCGUGCAGGAAGCUUUGAAGCGGCACGGAGACGCGCUGCAAGUGGCGUUGCAGGCGGUGGUCGCUGCAGUUGUCAACGGUCGCCAGCGGGUGGUAGACCUCAAUCUUACCACUAAUAUCGCCAACGUCGUACGGCAGUGGGAGGACGGCGCCCGUGGUCGGGUACAGUCGCUGCAGGCCGCUCAGGCCGCGUACAGCGGUCGCGCCGCCCAGACUGAGUCCCGGCGCUCCGCCGCCGCCCGCGCAGCCCGGGACCGGCGCCGGCAGCGGGCCGCCUCCAGGCUCGCCGGCCUCCGAGGGAACAUCGCCGAAAUAGAACAAGAAAAGAGUUUAAUGGAAGAUCGACUCUCGGAAAGACUUAAUGACUGGGUAGAAACAGAAACUAGACUGCUCGAAGAACGACUGGCGCGCCACGCGGCCGCCGAGAGACAAGCACUAAAUGACAGACUGAAAAAGAAGAUGGAAGAGGUAGAAGAAGAGCGUAGACUUUUAGAAGAGAGGAUAUCCAAACACAUAGAACAGCAGAAGUUGCAGUUACAGACUGACGAGGAGGAGAUGAAACUGAUUGACGCAGAUUUAGAAGAGAGUGAAGAGAUAAAAGACGAAUGUAUGAAUAAUAUGCAGAAAUAUAGCAAGGAAUUCGAUGAAGGUACUAGCUCCGUGAAUGUAGACUUGGAGGUGUUCAGCAAAAAUAUAGUGCAAGUGGUGGAGCACAUCAGCAAUGAACUCAUGCAGGUGUUGAACCAGGCCAGGGAACUAGCCGAGCGCGAGACGAGUGCCACACUGGAGGCCGACCGGGCGGCAUCUCGUCAGCUCGCGGACGACACCGCCGCCAUGCUCGCUCACGUGGACCAGAACACACGACAAGCACUGGACACUGUUGUAAACAAGAUCGAGGCAAAUGGUACGUUAACAAUCCAAGAGCUAUCAGCUCUCGCCACCUCGACAAGCUCACUGAUAACGUUAUCAAAAGAACACCACAAUGCUCAGUUAUCAAUAGUUACGGAAGCGCAAACGACCGUAACGGAAUACCAGUCUGAGCUGACGGAGUCAGUCGAGAAACACGAGGAGUUGGAGGACCGCUACCUGUCUCAAGAGAUCAAAGUUUAUUCUCCCACUGGCAACACCCCGAUGCGCGGCGAGUAUGCGUACCCUCGGAGGCUGGCGGCCACCUCCCCCCACGACCGCAUCCUGGCCAGGUUCAGAGCCAUGCGCGCCACUGCCGCUGAUGAUGAUUGCGUGGUAGUUGAAUGUGAUGAGAUGCGGCCCAGUGAUUCAGAGAGCUCGCUGUCUUCAGCAUCUGAGGAGUGUGUGGCCUUCAUAGCACCCUCCCCGCCGUCUCAACCCACCACGGAACAUAAGCCUAUAGUCAAGUGCACCUCUGAAACUGACAUAUACAGCUUUAGAAAGCAACAACAAAAAGGGAAGGAGAACCCCAAUAAUUCAGUAUCAUACAAGAAGAGUUCCAAAAUACCAGCGCCAUCGUCACACAAGAAGCCGCUAGUCGAACGGAACGGUGUCAACUGAUCAAAGCCUGACCUUGCUCUCACUGGUCAACCGCUAGUACGCAGGUAGAAUCAGGUGAACAUAGUCCCGAGUUCGGUUCUCUGUCUUAGGAAGUUAUAUCUUGAGUAGCUCGGGUUAUACUGUAAAUAGAGUUAUUUGAUUCCACAAGUAGGGUUGAAGGUUUGUUUUUCGGUUAGAAAACUCCACUGCUAACAAAUAUAUAAUUUGUUUAUAACCAAUUUGAUAGGUUUAGUUCAGUUUUGGCGCAUAAUUUAAGGAUUUCUGCUUUCUAUAUUUAAACUGUUUGAAAUGAUGUAAUAUUUAAAUUAAGUCGUUUAUUCAAUACCUUUUUUGUAUUUUAUUUUAUUAGUAUACUCCGUUUCAAUAUAAUUUACAGGAAAUGUAAACAUUUUAAGUUAAAAAUCAUGGAAAUAGUGACACAUUUAAGCCGAACAUUGAUGGUUUUAAUUGCAUAUAUCACAAUUUUUGUAACAGUAUUCAUUUGUACCUGUAUGUACUUUCUAAAUGGUAUUUG